AUGGACCAAUCCUCCUCCUCCAACGAGCCCAAUGCCGCUGCUAUCUACGAUGCGCGCAGACGCCGCGGCUCCGUGGGUACCACCCAGCUCUUCGAUAACAUUGUGUCUACCUCCAACUUCAACCGGGAUGAAGUUGAUCGCCUACGGAAACGCUUUAUGAAGCUGGAUAAGGAUGCCUCCGGUACUAUCGACCGCGAUGAGUUCCUCUCCCUUCCCCAAGUGUCUUCCAAUCCGCUCGCCACGAGGAUGAUCGCUAUCUUCGACGAGGACGGCGGUGGCGAUGUCGACUUCCAAGAAUUCGUGACCGGGCUGUCGGCAUUCAGCUCCAAGGGCAACAAGCAAGAGAAGCUGCGCUUUGCAUUCAAAGUGUACGACAUCGACCGCGACGGGUACAUUUCCAACGGCGAGCUAUUCAUCGUGCUGAAGAUGAUGGUCGGCAACAACCUGAAGGACGUGCAGCUGCAGCAGAUCGUCGACAAGACGAUUAUGGAGGCUGACAAGGAUGGAGAUGGAAAGAUCAGCUUCGAGGAAUUUACGGACAUGGUGGAGAACACGGACGUGAGCCUCAGCAUGACGCUGAGUAUGUUCUAG